AGCUGCGAUAAAUCAAUGGAAAUUCCAUGUGGCUUUACAACGCCAUUAUAUAUAUGCGUAGUAUGUGAAGAAAUCAAUAUAUUUACUAACAGUGGUCCAAGUCAGAAUUUAGAAAAGAUGUCGGUCAAUGAUAAGAGGGUAGAAAAUUAUCAGGCACAAAUUGCAGAGUUGGAAGCUUUGCAAGCUAUUUUUCCGGACGAAUUGACAGUUGUUGACCAUGGAAUUUUAGCUGACAUAAACAAUUUUAUACUGGAUAUACAUUCUGAUGUUCCACACCCCCUGGAGUACAUUGUUACUAUUCUGCAUCUUAAGGGUAAAUGCCAACUGUAUGUCACACUGCCCAGCGAUUACCCAAUGGCAAAGCCAGAAGUUUACGUCAGAAGCGAGUUGUUCGAUCGUAUCCAACAGUCUAAUUUUAACACCUCUUUAAUAAAUUUUUCCAAUACACAAGAAGAGGGUUUACCCUGUAUAUAUAUGUUGAUCUCGUGGGUGCAGGAAAAUAUAGAAAAAUAUUUAAAAUCAUCUAACAAUAAUGCGAGCCAAAAACCACCUGUUAAACUGAGCAAGAAAAUUAUUGAAAACUUUUGUAGAUACUGGAUAUACUCUCAUCAUAUUUAUAGUAAAAUUAAACGUCGAGAAAUUAUUGAAAUAGCGAAAGAAAAUAAUCUUUCAGGCUUUUGCUUGGCUGGGAAGCCAGGAAUAGUUUGUAUAGAGGGAGCUUCGGAAGAGUGUGAAAAUUGGUGGCAAAGAAUAAAGGCGAUGAACUGGCAAAAAAUUUUAGUGAAAUUUAAGGAAGACGAUUCUGUGGAAGACAAUAAUAUAGAUGUUCACAGAAAGUUUUCAUCCUUUCAAGAAAUAUCAUUUCCAAGCUCAGAUCGACACAAUGACAUGGGCGAACUGUAUAAAUAUCUUACUGAGCACAAUGUCCAAUAUGCAUUUAAAGAAUACUUUGGAGUUGACGGAAAACCUCCAAUAUAGUACAUUUUUUAUGUUCACCUAAUUAUUGUGCAUUUUAUACUAUGGAAGGAAAUAUAUCAUCAAUUUAUUUU